AUGGAAGCAGCGCAUCGUACGAGUGACAAACUGUCAACUGGUCAACUUGAAUCUGACGCCUCAUCAAAUGACUCAAUCGCUGAUGAGGAUGUACUAGUCAACUCAGUAACUGAUGGUGGCCUUCAUGAUGAGGAUAGAAAAUCAGCCACCGCUGAAAAAAUCGCCAGUUCAACUUAUCUUGCUGCGAUGGAAAAAUCGAAGCCUAAUGUCGAGUACUUUCAUUCAGCAAUUAUAACUGAGGAUUUAGCUACUAUAAGGAAUCCUAGCCUUUCACAGAAAAGAAUGGCAGAUGCCAUCGGAGAAUUGGUGAGUAUCAAAGGCUACAAAUCAACAGAUAAUGGGAAGGAGUAUACGUUCAGGUGGACCGACAAAUCAACGUACUAUCUGGUCAAGUAUUGCAACGAAAUCGGUCCAUUUUACGGUUUCGAAGGUCUGAAAUCACCUAGGGUAAAGAAGCUAGAGCGAAGCAGCGUGAUAUCUCUUAAAUGGAGUUGUAUUUUGUAUGAUCUUCUGUUGUCAUUAGAAUUUGAAAACAAUAUCAUACCAACAGAGAGUCAAAUUAAACAGAAGUGCAGAGACCUUACAGAAUACGCGCAUCCCAGACUAUUUGCUGUCACUUCAGGAGAUGAGAAAAAUCCCCUCCCGUUAACCGGAGCUGACAAAAUAGAUAACAUGGUGGAACAGCUUUGUAGGCUGAAAAAUGAAGCGGAAGUAACUAAAGCAGAAUUCCAUAAACGUGCUACCGACCACCGACGUAAUAAGAGGACCGCAGGUCAGAUGCUAUGCUCAAAUAGUAUUCCGAGUGUCAUUGAGAGCCUUGUUCAUUUAGACUCUGUUGAGCAGUCUUCCAUGGGUGACGUGAACCAAUCCAAUACUAUCACAGUCAAAAAAGGUAGGGGAUCAGGAAAGUCGCUGAACUCAAGAAAUGUCGCUUUAUAUGCCCAUUAUUUCUCGGAACUCUCAGCACCAGCGAGAGAACUGCAAGAAUCGGCGCUACAAAGGAUUGAAGCAACACUUUCGGAAGAAAGGAACCGCCAAGCAAAAGCUCAACAGCAGGAAAUAGAGUUUCAACGACAACAAUUGGAAUACAGCGCUCAAAAAGAAAAGCGUGAACAAUUCGAUCAUGAAGCCAAAAAAAUUAAGACAGUAAUGGAAAUGACGCUCAUAGCCAAAAGCUUAGAAAAGGAGAAUAAUUCCUCGAAUAAUGCUGUAAAGAAAAUGCUUCAAGACUUUUUCGCACGUUAUACGUGA